GAGGUGAUCAUUUAUUUUUCAGUUAUGUGAUUAUAUUAAUAUCAUAAUUUUGUAUGAUAUGUGGAUGUAACAUCCAAUUUAUCUUAUCGACCCUGUCUUUUUCUUUACACAACCCCGUUUAUCAAAUUUAUUUUAGUGGUUUCAUUGUCGCUGAAUAUUGAUUGGAUUGCAUUUUGUGCCUAAUUUAAUUAGGUGUGUAGUGGUUAUACGUUAUUUUAUCGCAUAUCUUUCGUUUACAGAUUACACAUUACUACAAUGUGUGCCGAAGUGAAGUCUCCACCAAACAAUAAGCUUACAGCAUUUCAUUGCCAGCUAAAAGUGUUCGAAUCUACAGUGGCAAAAGAAGGUGAAAAGCGAAAAGCCGAAGAAGAGCAAAAAUUUAAGCGUAUCGCACAGCAAAUUAAUAAGCUGAGUGCACGAGUCAAGAUAGAGUUAGAGGAAAGAAAAGAGGCUAUAGAUGCACUUCAGAAAAAUACUUUCGAAGUGGUAAAUCGUAUGUUGAAUGAAGUUCAAGCCAAGCUAAACAGAAGAGUUAAUGCACUCGCUGAGAGAUUGGAUCUAUUAGUAUCUCGUUGUGCUGCUGUUGAGGGUUCUGUUAAUGAUUUGAGUCAGAAGAUUGGUCAAGCAUUCGAUUUCAAGAUGCUACAAAAUGAUAUCAAUGAACUCCAUAGAAAUGUCAAAAAUGACACAGCUAUCACAGUUGAAAAGGAUACGUCGUUCGCUGACAAGUUGUUGCAUAUGGAAUGUGCUAUUAAAUCCCGCGUCAAUGAUAUUAACUACCUUUGCAUGGAAGGUAUUAAAGAAUUACGAGCAGAAAUAAUCAAGAUGUCAGAAUGGAUUGCCUCUGACCUGGGAGCAAUGUCACCACAAAUAAUGGAAGAGAUUGGAACUUUUGAAACGGCAUUGGAACUGGCAUCUAAAGCUAGAAAGGAAUCUGAUGAACUAUUGUUAGAGGCGUUCGAACAUAUCGUUAAGAUGUUACCCCGAAACAUACAGAAUGAAGCAAACGUCUUACGUAAAAUGCACACCACUGCUUAAUGAACGCAUAAUAUGGUGGG